GUUGAUCGACAUGGAGGAGGGUGUGGUCAAUGAGCUUUUGAAGGGCUCCCUCAGGGACGUCUUUGAUCACAGACAGCUGCUCACGGAUGUUUCCGGCUGUGGCAAUAAUUGGGCUGUGGGUCAUAAGUUGUAUGGUAGUCAGUACCAGGAGCAGCUAGAGGAGUGUAUCCGAACGGCAGCAGAAUGCUGUGACUGCCUUCAGUGUUUCUUCAUCAUGCAUUCUAUGGGAGGAGGUACUGGGUCUGGGGUUGGCACAGCAGUCCUCAGCCAACUCCAAGAUCUAUAUCCAGAUGUUUACAGGUUUGUUACUGCUGUGUAUCCAAGCAGCGAUGAUGAUGUUGUCACUUCCCCGUAUAACAGUGUACUGGCUAUGAGACAGCUCACGGAUUGCGCUGACUGUGUUAUGCCUAUAGAGAAUCAGGCUCUCUAUGACAUCUGCCAGAAGGUGUACCAGGCCCAACCCCAGGAACAAGGGGGUAAGCGCACCUACCCAGCUGGGUCAGGUCAGGUCAAAGGUCAAGGCAGCGUGGUGUCGGGGGCAGGAGGUGCCACCAAGGCUGGCCAGGAGAAGCCGUUCGAUCACAUGAACAAUAUUGUUGCUAACUUACUUCUGAAUCUCACCAGUUCUUCCAGAUUUGAAGGAUCUCUGAAUGUGGAUCUUAAUGAGAUCAGUACAAACUUGGUUCCCUUCCCACGCCUGCACUACCUGGUCACGAGCCAGACACCUCUCUAUACAUCAAAUAGCCUUAGGAUACCUGCAAGAAGAUUAGACCAGAUGUUUACUGAUGCAUUUAGCCGUGAGAAUCAACUGCUGAAAGCUGAUCCAAAGAACAGUAUGUACUUAGCAUGUGCCCUCAUGUGUCGCGGAAAUGUACAGGUUUCCGACAUACGCCGUAAUAUUGACAGGUUACGACCAUCGCUGAAUUUCAUUCACUGGAACACGGAUGGCUGGAAGACUGGUCUGUGUUCUGUGCCUCCCGUGGGUCACCCCUAUUCCCUUCUCACCAUGGCCAAUAACACUUGUCUCAAGACAAACUUCUCUGAUCUACGAGAUAGAUUCAGCAGACUCUACAAAAGGAAGGCACACAUACAUCACUACACUAGUGUAGAAGGUAUGGAUACAGGGGAAUUCAAGGAGAGUCUGGAGUCUCUGUCUUCCCUCAUUGAGGAGUACCAGAAGCUGGACACGGCAAAAGCCCAGCCAGUUCCUCGCCUCAACAUAGCUACUUGAGGGAAUCAAGUGCUAGGUUCCUUCAAGAAGAGUGCUACUAGCUGGAAGUGGCAACCCAGGUACCUCACCUCAAUCUAGCAACUUGAUAGAUUGAAGAGAAAGACAAUUUGCUGUAGGUGGUGCCUGCUUGGUUUCCUUGCCACAACAUAGCCCCCGGAGUGUCUUUGGUGCUACAUGUAGAUUCUUUCAAGAGGAGUGCUACUACCUGAAAGCAACUUGAGGGACUUGAGCGUUAGGUCUUCCUAGAGGAGUAUUCCUAGCUUGGAGUAUCAAACCCAGGUUCUUCACCUAGACUCUGAGAUUAAGAGCAUUUAGUGGCUGUUUGCAUCCCUCAAAUGCUUGGUUCUUCAAGUACCCUUGAGGUAGCUGUGCAGUUUCAUCGCUUCAGCAGGGGAUCCUGGUAAGCUUCAAGCAAAGUGGCGUCAAUUUCCUGUUGAAAUACAUCAAGCUUCAUGACUGAAGUUUCUUUUCACAUCGUAUCCUGACUGACUGACUGACCUGCAAAGUUUCCUGUCUGGUUCUGAUUUGGAGGAGGGUGCUGACAUGGAGAUACAUUUGUUUGUCUUCAUCAACAGAGGAGAAUAAAGUAAGGUUUGAAGUGUCAUAUGAAAACAUGUAGGUCAUCACUUAAGAGGCUUCAGAUCUGCAUGGUGCAUCAUAGAGCUGUUUGUAAGAUACGCACAACCCUGUGCAUAUGACUGAUGGUCUGAUCUUGGGUGUCCAAUUUUGAAUUUGAAUUUCUUGUUCACAGGCAUCUCUGAAUUCAUAAUUGAUAAUGUCUUAAAAUUUGAUUAAAUUGAAUUCACUCCCAUAUGUUCAAAUAGGGGAAUAUAUUGGGGGUAUUCAUGUAAUGCAAGAACAGGUCACCAGUAGUGUGUAAAGUAUUGAACUUCUGGGCCCUUUCUUAAAAAGAUUUACAAUUGAUCCAAUCAAACACAACUAUGGAAGGCCAGCAACGUCAACGUAAAAAAUACCGAAUGUUCAAAAUAUUUUCUGGAUAUGAUGUACAUUCAUACAUUCACUGUUUUCUUGACUAUUCAGAAUGCUUCUUUUUGGUUUCAAAGGACAUUGUGCAUAUUUCCUAAAGAAAAAAAUAUGACAAUGAUGGAUUUCCAGAAACUUUCGACUGAUCGGAUCAAUCUUAACUCUUUGUAUUAAAGACGGGGCCCUGGACAGCAUUAUGAAACACCAUUCCAUUGUCAAAAUAUGUCUGCUGGAAAUAGCACAAGUGAAGACUAUACCAAUGUCUCUUUCAACAAACAAUAUAGCAACCUCAUAAUGGCCUUUAACUCUUGUUGGUGGCUAUCAGAAACCAGGCCUGUGUUCAUAAAACUGCGUGCUGUAUAAAACACAUCCCCGCAUUGGUCAAAUCCUUCUCAGAGGAUGUGCAGUACUGCAUAUUGCGAGUUGAAAAUGGCCGCAAAGGCAUGGAGUAUGACUUUAAGUCACACUUAAUCUUUGUGAUACACCUCACAGGUGAGCAAGGAAAAAGCUGCUUCUUAACUGUUGCAUGACAGUUAGGCAACUUGUCAAAAAAUCUGUGCCAUGUCUUUAAGCAGGAUUCCUGCAGUGAGGGUGCUAUGCAUCUUUUUAUUACAGCUUUCCUGCAGUCCCCAUUGUUUUGUUGAUAAUGACCAUGAUGCAUUGUAAUGAAAAGCUUUUUGCGGGAUUACCGUCGGAAAGACAUGGCUUUAAAAUUUGACAAGGUGCCCAAGGUUAUUUCAAUAUAUAAAGUUAGGGAAUCAUGCAAAUUUGUUUUUCUAAUACUUGAGGCAUAACUCCUCAGGCAAGUUACCUGUCAACCCAUCAGUUUCAAUAAUUCAGUUAGAUUGCAAUAUAUUUUUUGUGACAUGUCAUUAUUUUUAUUUUGAGCUGUAGGUAAAACUGCAUUUCAUGUUAUUUUGAUCAUAAUGAGCAUGGUAGUUUGUUAUGAAGAAUCAUACUGGAUUUGUUUGUCUGACCAAGAUGACCCAAAUAGCAAUAUAGGUGUAUUCAGACUGAUUCUAAAACCAAGAAUUCCAGGUAUUCCUUGAUCAAGAAAUUUACCCUGACCUACUCCGAUCAGAAAAGACCAGGGGGCCGUUUCAUAAAGCUCUUUGUAAGUUAAGGGAUCGCAAACUUAUUAUUUUUUCCGUCCCGACGUGGCGGGUCGACGUAUUGCGGGCGGGACGUUUGAAGGAUGUAAUUUUUUCCUCUUAAAAAGUGUAAAGGAAAAAAAUAUACAUUUUCGCGGGCCGCCGCGGUUUGGACGAUCGCCAUCCCGCCGCGGGAGGGACGCUGCUUGGAUAUCAUACAGAGCUAGCACUCCGAAGAAUGUAUUUUUUUCGUGUUCAAAGCCGAUGACGAAGGAAAACAAAUAUCCACGUCCCACCCGCAAGUACGUGGGUCAUUCUGUUCACUACUAGAAUCUACAAUUAUUUUUUCUUGAAACUGUCCCAUCCAAACUUGUACAAUACACCAUUGCCACAGAAUGUCUAGCAAUAUAUUACCUUCAAUCUCGUCCCUUCGAUCUGCCUCACGGGACAUUAUUGCAGGUGCCAGGGAUAAUCCAUGCUUCUUUGCAAGGCGGCACAUUCUCUUUACUGCACUUUUCUUUAUUUUAAGUUCCUUUGCUGCCAUUUUGUCAUCCAGGUACCACUCUGCAAACUCUUGAAUGGCAUGGAGCCUAGCUCUUGAGGUUUAGGGGAGAUAUUUCUUCCUUAUUUCCAUGACGUAGCUGCAUUUAUAGGAAUAAUAUAGAAAACAGUCUCAAGAAUCAUGACAUGGUUUACAAUUUCCUACUUGAUCUUGAUUCAAAUGAAUGGACACACAGCAGUUAACACUUCCUGUGGCUUUUUCUUUAAUUUGAUAAAAAUAUCACAUUCUAGACUACCUGCUUGCUGAUGUAAUAAAAACUGUCAAAUUACCAGGGAUUGCCGGUAAACAACGUGGCAGGAAAUAUCGGGUGGUAAAUACUGGUAUUUACCGGCAAAUACCACCUUGCUAAUUUGGACAAAAAUGUUAAAUACUGGGAAAUACUCCAAAAAGAAUACUUUUUAUCUGUAAAUUGCAUAAAAAUGUACACAUAAUAGAGAAAAGGAGAAGAUUUGUAAGUUAAGAGCGACUUUAAGAAUGACUGGUAAACCUUUCUUAUGCGCUUAACCAUCGCCAAUGAAUAUACCAUUUUCCACAAGAAAGGAUCACCAGUCGUUCUUAAAGUUGCUCUUAACUUUAUACGAACAGCUUUAUGAAACACCCACCAGGGGCCCUAUUCAACAAAGAUGUCACUUUGCCAUUUUUGUAACUACCAUGGAAACCUUGAUUGCAGCUUGAUACUGUAUCCCUGUUACUGUGGUAGUUGAUAUAAUGGCAAAGAUAUGAGUUGCAAGACUUUAUGAAUAGGGGAAAAUACCUGCUAGGUAGUAGGUACUUGUCAAAAUCAGUGUAAUUUUCAUUGGGAUUUUAGGAUUUUCCCAUAAUACAAUCCAAGCACUCCAAGGUACCGCAGUAUCAGGAACAAACAGAUGACAAUUUUAGAGGCAAUAUUAGAAACUUUGUCAAUGAAAUCCUUAAGACACCUGUGCCUUUUCAAGUUUGCUGUCAGAUUGACAUUAAAGAGACAAUCAGGCAGAAUUGAUUUGUUUAACGUGAUCAUCCCAUGUAUCACUGUGUACCAUCAUGCCAUCACGAUAGCAUCGCAUCCCAUCAGGUUGUUAGUAACUGAGUUGUUGAUCCUCUAGAAUGUAGCAGACCCACUUUUCGUCCCAAACGGGUUUACUUUAUUCUCAUACAAUUCGCCAGGUGUAAUGAGAAUAUAUGUCGGUACAAAAUCUCUUGUACCUAAACUCAAAAACUUCAAACUUAUUAUUAUUUUUUUUUAAACCUCUUAAUAACAUUCUUCUUUAAACUGUAUUUUUACUCUCACAUAGUUUUUGCCAAACAGUUUUUUUUUCCGAUUUGAGGUAUCUCAUUUCAUUAUUAUUCAUUUUAACUGGUACAUGUACAACCAUAACAUAUCUCACAUUUACAACAAUGUACAAUUGUAUUCAACUUACAUUUGCCACAAUACCUCUGACAGAAUCUCGUCCAUCUUGUGGAAAGUUUUGCACCUCAGCCACUGACAGAAUAUGUGUUGGCACAAUAUAUUCAGACACAACCUCUGCUGGAUGGCGUCUACUGCUGUGGAUGGUGUACAUGCACCAGCAAGUUGCUGCACGGGAGAGAUUGAAGCUUCAUGCGUACGUGCAUAGUUCAGGCACUGUUGCAUUGUCAGCUGGUGCGUGUUAGCGAUAAAUUGUUCUAUAACUCUGUCUGAGAAUUCCCUAUCGUCUCGAAACUGACAUGUCUGUGCGUGCACCUUGAGCUGUGACUUAAAACCAUCAGCCGUUCCUGUCUCCUGGUGAUAUUUGUUGAGGUAUAGUCUGGCAACCCCAAAAUUUGAAUUUGGUUUGAAUAAGCUCUCAAAUUUGUCCCAAACAGCUGCGCUUUUCUUUUCUGCAGGCAACAGCCCCCAAGAGUUGUACAUCCGAAGACCUUGUGUUCCCAUGAAGAGAAGGAUAUGGUCAACCAUCUUCUCCUCUCAAACAUUCUCAACGGGAAAGUAUAGCUCACAUUGUUGUUUGAAAAUCUGUAUGGCCCCUUGGAGAUCAUCGUCAUCCCAUGACAUUCUUGACACAAUGGAUUUAGUCAAUUUGCCCCCGCCCCCCUCCCACCCACAAAAUUUAUGUGCAUGUUUAUGAAUUCUUUUUCACAAAAAUUUAUUACGUUGUGUUUUAAGCCUUUAUUGCACUUCAUGGCUACCGUUCCCUAUUACUUGCAGUGUGUACUUGGUGGAAUCUCAAGAGGAAGUCAUGAUCUUUGGAUUGCAAAGGUCUGCACUUUCUUUAGAGAUUACCAAAGAAAUAUAAUCCAGCUAUUUCUUUUUUCCGACCUUAAAAUUGAUGUGCAUGCUUAUAAUUUAUUUUCACAGAACCUUUUUACAUUGUGAUAUAUAAGCCUUAAUUGCACUUAAUGGCCUCUGUUCCAUUAUAUGCAGUGCACACUUGCUUGAAUCUAGACAGGAAGUCAUGGUCUUCGUUUUCUCAGCAUCUUUUUUUUGUGUGGCUUUCUUCAUUCUCACUUCAUUCAUUCGUUCUAGCUUCUCUCACUCUCAUCUCGUGAUCUAUUUUUUUCUUUUGGAGCUCUUGUUGCCGUCUUUGUCUCUGUUCCUUUUGCAUUUCCUUCUGUUUUUCCUUUUCCAUCCUCUUUUGAUCAAGCUCCUCCUUUCUCUGUUUUUUUUCCUGUCCCCUUCCUUCUCAAAUUUUAUGAAAGCUUCAACCGAAAUUGGUAAUUUCUACUUCCUCCUAAUUUUGUUAUAAACCUUGAUUUGGGGGCAAACGAGGCAUUCUUCAAGAGAUGGAGAGAUGAAUGCCUCGUUUAGAGGUCUCUUAUGCCAUGGAUCUUUGUAGGAUCCAUGGCAUUGUCUUCUCCAUGUCCAAGAUGAGCAGAAGGUGAUGAUGGAAUGUCAUCUUCUGGUUCAUCUGGUUGAGGUGACCUCACGACAUCACUCUCCGGAAUGAACGCGUCAUUCGUGGGUGGAGUAAUCCCUUCUUGAGGGGUACUAUUAGUAUCGAUGAAGUGGUAUAAUUCUGCUGUUGUAAGUAAGGCAGAAUUAUACCACUUUGUGAACAGGAAAAUCCCUGCUGCUCUAAAUCCCGGCGCAGCAAUGCUUGGCUUUCGGAGAAUUUCUAGCUAAAUGUCAGCGAAAACUCUCCAAAAAUGUUGUUUUCGUGACGUAAUCGCUAGGGUUGCAAAAACGGAACAGCUGCUCGGCCCUGUUCCAGGAUGACUUCAGGGGUCUUAAGAUCGACACAUCACAUGGUUAGAGUAUAUGCAUUGCAUUUGGAGGGAAUCUAUAUAGGAGAAUACAAGCAAGAGUGCAGGAGGGGCACUUUCUUUUGAGCCAAAGUUGGCUGAAAUAAGUUAGCAAUAUAGCCAUAAAAGGCCUUGCUGUCCAUCCAGCUAUUUUUGGUUUGAGCAAAUAAGAGCCCCUUGGCGCACCUUGGUAAGCUGCUCCGUCAUGCCUCCCUUGCAUUAACAACACUAUCAUUGGCGGUAAGAAGCUGCCCUCCGUGCAUGCAUUUACCAAAACUGUCCUUUUGUCUAAUUCUUGAAUUGUUGAACUACCUUUUCCCUCUUUAGUGCCAGCACAUGAUCGUCCAAAUGCCCUCAUAGUGGAAACCCUUACUUGUCUGCAUUGAAAAUCCUUCCAGGUUCUUGUAGAAUGCUCUGGGCAUUGUUUUCAUUGAGGAAUUCCUUGAGGUCUUCAAACCAUCUGUGAAUUAAUGGGGGGAGUAACAUAUUUCAUUGUGACAAUAUGUUUUGAAAUUGUUUUAAAAAUCUGUAUGGCCCCUGGGAGAUCAUUGUCAUCCUAUGACAUCCUUGGCACGAUGGAUUCAGUCAUUUUGCCCACACCCCCCUGAACCACAAAAUCUAAGUGCAUGCUUAUGAAUUCUUUUUACAAUUUCUUUUUAACAUUGUGUUUUAAGCCUUAAUUGCACUUCAUGGCUUCUGUUCCAUUAUACAUGCAGUGCACACUCGCUGGAAUCUAGAAAGGGAGUCAUGGUCUUUGUUUUCUCUGCUUCUUUUUGUUUUUUCCUGUGUAGCUUUCUUCAUUCUCACUUCAUUCAUUCGUUCAGCUUCUCUUUCACUCUCAUCUCGUGAUCUAUUUUUUUUUCUUUUGGAGCUCUUGUUGCCGUCUUUGUCUCUGUUCCUUUUGCAUUUCCUUCUGUUUUUCCUUUUCCAUCCUCUUUUGAUCACGCUCCUCCUUUCUCUGUUUUUUUUUCCUUUCCCCUUUGGUAAUUUCUGCUUCCUCCUCCUUUGGUUAUAAACCUUGAUUUCGGGGUAAACGAGGCAUUCUUCAAAGAUGGAGAGAUGAAUGCCUCGUUUAGAGGUCUCCCAUGACAUGGAGUGAUGCCAUGGAUAUCUGUAGGAUCCAUGGCAUUGUCUUCUCCAUGUCCAAGAUGAGCAGAAGGUGAUGAUGGAAUGUCAUCAUCUGGUUCAUCUGGUUGAGGUGACCUCACGACAUCACUCUCCGGAAUGAACGCGUCAUUCGUGGGUGGAGUAAUCCCUUCUUGAGGUGUACUAUUAGUAUCGACGCAGUGGUAUAAUUCUGCUGUUGUAAGUAAGGCAGAAUUAUACCACUUCGUGAACAGGAAAAUCCCUGCUGCUCUAAAUCCCGACGCAGCAAUGCUUGGCUUUCGGAGAAUUUCUAGCCAAGUGUCAGCGAAAACUCUCGAAAAUGUUGUUUUCGUGACGUAAUCGCUAGGGUUGCAAAAACGGAACAGCUGCUCGGCCCUGUUCCAGGAUGACUUCAGGGGUCUUAAGACCAAAACAUCACAUGGUUAGAGUAUAUGCGUUGCAUUGGGAGGGAAUCUAUAUAGGAGAAUACCAUUCCCUUCACAUCGCCACCUCCAACGUCUGAUAAGCGUUGAGACCAUCCACAAGCAAGAGUGCAGGGAGGGGCACUUUCUUUUGAGCCAAAGUUGGCUGGAAUAAGAUAGCAAUAUAGCCAUAAAAGGCCUUGCUGUCCAUCCAGCUAUUUUUGGUUCGAGCAAAUAAGAGCCCCUUGGCGCACCUUGGUAAGCUGCUCCGUCAUGCCUCCCUUGCAUUAACAACGCUAUCAUUGGCGGUUAGAAGCAGUCCUCCGCGCAUGCAUUUACCAAAACUGUCCUUUUGUCUAAUUCUUGAAUUGUUGAACUACCUUUUCCCUCUUUAGUGCCAGCACAUGAUUGUCCAAAUGCCCUCAUAGUGGAAACCCUUACUUGUCUGCAUUGAAAAUCCUUCCAGUUACUUGUAGAAUGAUCUGGGCAUUGUUUUCAUUGAGGAAUUCCUUGAGGUCUUCAAACCAUCUGUGAAUUAAUGGGGGGGAAUAACAUAUUUUAUUGUGACAAUAUGUUUUGAAAUUGUUUGAAAAUCUGUAUGGCCCCUCUGAGAUCAUCGUUGUCCCAUGACAUCCUUGGCAUGAUGGAUUCAGUCAUUUUGCCCCCGCCCCCAUCCCAACCACAAAAUUUAUGUGCAUGUUUAUGAAUUCUUUUUCACAAAAAAAUUUACAUCAUGGUUUAAGCCUUUAUUGCACUUCAUGGCUUCUACAAAAAAAAAUUACAUCAUGGUUUAAGCCUUUAUUGCACUUCAUGGCUUCUGUUCCGUUUCUUAUUUGCAGUGCGUACUUGAUGGAAUCUCAAGAGGAAGUAAUGGUCUUUGGAUUGCAAAAGUCUGCACUUUCCUUAGAGAUUACCAAAGAAAUAUACUCCAGCUAUUUCUUUCUUAUGACUACAAAAUUGAUGUGCAUGCUUAUAAUUUAUUUUCACAGACCUUUGUACAUUGCAUUAUAAACCUUAAUUGCACUUCAUGGCUUCUGUUCCAUUAUACAUGCAGUGCACUUUUGCUGGAAUCUAGAAAGGAAGUCAUGGUCUUCGUUUUCUCUGCAUCUUUCUUCUUUUUCUCGUGUGACUUUUUUCAUUCUCCAUUCAUUCGUUCCAGCUUCUCUUUCACUCUCAUCUCGCGAUCUAUUUUUUCUUGUUGCCGUCUUUGUCUCUGUGCAGUUUGCAUUUUCUGCUGUAUUUCCUUUUCCAACCUCUUUUGAUCACGCUCCUCCUUCCUCUGUUUUUUUUUCCUUUCCUCUUUCUUCUCUUCCUGAUAUAUCAUGAAGGCUUCAACCGAAAUUGGUAAUUUCUGCUUUCUCCUCCUUUGGUUAUAAACCUUGAUUUCGGAGUAAACAAGGCAUUUUUCAAGAGAUGGAGAGAUGAAUGCCUCGUUUAGAGGUCUCUUAUGACAUGGAGUGAUGCCAUGGAUCUCUGUAGGAUCCAUGGCAUUGUCUUCUCCAUGUCUAAGAUGAGCAGAAGGUGAUGAUGGAAUGUCAUCUUCUGGCUCAUCUGGUUGAGGUACAUGCCUCACGACAUCACUCUCCGGAAUGAACGCGUCAUUCGAGGGUGGAGUAAUCCCUUCUUCAGGGGUACUAUUCGUAUCGACGAAGUGGUAUAAUUCUGCUGUUGUAAGUAAGGCAGAAUUAUACCACUUUGUGAACAGGAAAAUCCCUGCUGCUCUAAAUCCCGACGCACCAAUGCUUGGCUUUCGGAGAAUUUCUAGCCAAGUGUCAGCGAAAACUCUCGAAAAUGUUGUUUUCGUGACGUAAGCGCUAGGGUUGCAAAAACGGAACAGCUGCUCGGCCUUGUUCCAGGAUGACUUCAGGGGUCUUAAGACCGACACAUCACAUGGUUAGAGUAUAUGCGUUGCAUUGGGAGGGAAUCAAUAUAGGAGAAUACCAUUCCCUUCACAUCGCUACCUCCAACGUCUGAUGUGCGUUGAGACCAUCCACAAGCAAGAGUACAGGGAGGGGCACUUUCUUUUGAGCCAAAGUUGGCUGGAAUAAGUUAGCAAUAUAGCCAUAAAAGGCCUUGCUGUCCAUCCAGCUAUUUUUGGUUUGAGCAAAUAAGAGCCCCUUGGCGCACCUUGGUAAGCUGCUCCGUCAUGCUUCCCUGUCAUUAACAACUCUAUCAUUGGCGGUAAGAAGCUGCCCUCCGCGCAUGCAUUUACCAAAACUGUCCUUUUGUCUAAUUCUUGAAUUGUUGAACUACCUUUUCCCGCUUUAGUGCCAGCACAUGAUCGUCCAAAUGCCCUCAUAGUGUAAACCCUUACUUGUCUGCAUUGAAAAUCCUUCCAGGUUCUUGUAGAAUGCUCUGGGCAUUGUUUUCAUUGAGGAAUUCCUUGAGGUCUUCAAACCAUCUGUGAAUUAAUGGGGGAGUAACAUAUUUUAUUGUGACAAUAUGUUUUGAAAUUGUUUGAAAAUGUGUGUGGCCCCUUGGAGAUCAUUGUCAUCCUAUGACAUCCUUGGCACGAUGGAUUCAGUCAUUUUGCCCACACCCCCCUGAACCACAAAAUCUAAGUGCAUGCUUAUGAAUUCUUUUUACAAUUUCUUUUUUACAUUGUGUUUUAAGCCUUAAUUGCACUUCAUGGCCUCUGUUCCAUUAUACAUGCAGUGCACUUUUGCUGGAAUCUAAAAAGGGAGUCAUGGUCUUUGUUUUCUCUGCUUCUUUUUGUUUUUUCCUGUGUAGCUUUCUUCAUUCUCACUUCAUUCAUUCGUUCAGCUUCUCUUUCACUCUCAUCUCGUGAUCUAUAUUUUUCUUUUGGAGCUCUUGUUGCCGUCUUUGUCUCUGUUCCUUUUGCAUUUCCUUCUGUUUUUCCUUUUCCAUCCUCUUUUGAUCACGCUCCUCCUUUCUCUGUUUUUUUCCUUUCCCCUUCCUUUCUCAAAUUUUAUGAAAGCUUCAACCGAAAUUGGUAAUUUCUGCUUCCUCCUCCUUUGGUUAUAAACCUUGAUUUGGAGUAAACAAGGCAUUUUUCAAGAGAUGGAGAGAUGAAUGCCUCGUUUAGAGGUCUCCCAUGACAUGGAGUGAUGCCAUGGAUCUCUGUAGGAUCCAUGGCAUUGUCUUCUCCAUGUCUAAUGGGGUGUUGCAAGAAACUUGCGAUUGAACGCAAAUCGAACGCAACACCCAAAAUUGAGCGUAAGUCCUCCGAUUAAACGCAAAUCUGCAAUUGAACGCAAGUUACGUUCAAUCCUGUUGCAAGAACAAGUUGCGUUUGAUCAAUUGAACGUAGAUCAAGCGCAAGCUUUGCAAUUGAUUGCAAAUCGAACGUAACUUAUGUGAGAUUUUGGAGGAUGCGCAAAAUUUGCGUUCGAUUUACGUUCAAUUGAUUGUCCAUAGGCUUGUGUACUAAAAAUUCUGCAAAAAAAAUUUUUUUUGUAUUUUGUUUUGAAAACUUGUGUAAAUUAUGCCAUUUUCAAUUUUCCAUGGGUUUUUUCAAGAAAAACUUGAAAUAAUGUUAUUUUCAAUCUUUAUAGGCCUCUUCAGCAAUUAUGCCAUUAUUUUCACACAAUUUCACUACAUUCUCUCCUAAUAUCAUUUUAAAGUGUGUCAAUCACCAAAAAUAUUCUGCUCUUGUUAUCAGAGGUCAUGGAAUAUUCAAAUUGUGACUUCUGAAAUAAUUUGUAUGAAAAAAUAUUGAAGAAAUAAUAACUCUACAUAGGCACAAAAAAGCCACUCUUCAUUAAAACACUUCAUGCACUGGCAAAUGCUUAUCAAUAUUUCUGAGUGUUUGCAGUAAAUACAACUCAGAAUUUGUUUUGCAAUAGCACCAAAUUGCUUCAAUGCUUUCAUUCAUAAAUAUCAUAAUGAAUAACAUGCCCAAUUAAGUUAUUUUAGUUUGAUUUUCAAAUAAAACAUACAUUUCAGGAGAUUGCUACACUUCAAAAUCUGAAGCUCUCUUGUUUCUCUCUCUUUAAUCAUGAGAUUGCAUGGUAGAUAUAUAUCACACUUGCAUACAGGGAUGAGGUCGAGGCUGAUUCUUCCGAGUCAUGAGGCAGCUUGAGAGAACUUCCCAUAGAUUCUGUACAGUGACUCGGACCAAGGCCAGCAAAAUGUUGUCUCAAGGUCAGCAUUGACUACAUCCCUGCUUGGAAAUGAAAAGAUCCAUUGAUCUGUGCACAAAAAGAACACUGCUCAAGACAUUCAUUAUUGAUGGACCUUUUAUUUUUAAUUUUAAUUGUUUCUUACUCCUGAGGAAUUACUUCUGAGAUUCAUUUAUAUCAAAUAAAAAUUGAUAUCAUAUCAUCUUCAUCAAGUGUUUUACCACUGAAUGUCAGCCCACAGUCCUUAAUGUUGGCAAGAAGAAUCCAUAGAAGUCCAGUCAGGAAAGCCACAAACGUCUCUGCUUGAAGGAACAAAUCUGGUUUCCAGAAGCAGUCUAAUUUGAGAUGAAAUUGGAGAGCUCCAUGGAGUGAAGUUUUUAAACCAGCAACACCCUCAUUCUGAAGUCCACUCUAAUAAGAUGUUACUACAGACAGGAGCAGCUCUGAAUUCAGUUCUGAUAAUCAACCUGUUCGUAAAAAAAUAAUAAUAUAGGAAAUAAUGCAAGCCCAUAACCAUACAUAGCUUGGGUUAGUUCAAAUUUUGUCCUUUCAGUGCAAGAACGCCCUUAGCAAAACAUUUUUGUGCACCCCAUCAGUGCAGAAAUGCCCCUAUGCCUGCUGGUAAGGGCGUUGUUUGCACCGACAAGAUGAUAUGAUAGAGGGAUAGUGGCUUACUCCUGAGACCAUAAUAAUUGGCAAUUUGCCAUGAUGUAAUCUAAAAAAGUGUGAAAACUGAUUGUUUUUCCCCAAAUAAAUGAAUCAUGGAAAUUAAAAUAUGCAAUAAAUUAAAUCAAUGAAAGCAAAAUACACACUUUCAUACAGUACACCUUGGAUGAGCACAACCACCCCCUCCCCUCCCCCUCCUCCCCAUCAAUGGGAUGUCUUCAUUGCUGAGAAGUCCAGUCAAGAUAGAGAUUUGUGUUAGCCUUUUUCAUUUUGCAUCAUCCUUGGGUCAAUGUGUACAGAUUUCACCCGCAUCAUGGUGAAUUAUUAAUAAUAAUACAGUUUACAUGUAACCUACCAUUCAAGAGUUGAUAAAAUGAAUCAAUCAGCUGGUUGCAAGAACACACAUUGUAGCAGACACAGUUAUGGUGGUUCUGAGGUUCCAGACUUCUUUGUCAUAACUGUAGUAAGCAAUUAAAAGCAAAAAGCAAAGAGAUAAAACAUAUUCAUGAAAUUAAUAUACAAGUUAAGCUCAGUUGCCAGUGUGUUAAUCAUUAUAGUAGUCCAAGGGUGUUUUGAUUAAAGUCACUUCUGGCCUGGGGAGCACUAUGGUUCCUCAGCCAUGGGCGGCGCAAUUAAAAAAAUUAUGAAAUCAUACCUUUUGCUUUAAUUUACUAAAAAAAGCUCCUAAUAGAAUGCCAAACUUUGGUGUACAUAUUCCUUUCUAGAGCAAUCCUAACAACUUUACUUUAACAAAUCUGGUAUCAAAAUAAAUUCCUUUCAAUUCAUGUUUUUUUUAAAAUAUUUUUUCUUAACUUCUUAAUUUUUUUUGUUGUUGUUAUUUUCAAGACAAAGUUCAUCAGUGACAUUAAAUUACUAUUGUCAAUAAAAAACAAAUUACCCAGUUAUGAAUAUUGACUUUUUACAUGUGAUCAUGUUUUUGUCUGACAUGUACUUAAACAAACAUAAUGUUGCAAAAUUUCCUGACCCUGUACCUGGGAAUGGCAAAUUUAGUACCAAAAGUUGUGUGAGACUUGAAAGUAAAACGUCAGUCAGCGGUGCGGUAAUAAAAUUUUGAGUGGCAGAUUUAUUCUGAAAAAUGUCAAGGGGGACCAUAUGCCCCCCCCCCCGAGUAUUGUGCUUGAUGUAAAAGGAUGUUAAAAAAAAUCAUGAUUAUGCAUUCAAUAUUAAUACUGAUGCACCAUAUGAGACACCCUUUAACUGAAAGCACCUGGAAAAGCAUUGUAAUCAUCCAUUAAACAAUUUAAAGUGAAAAAAAAGUCUGUCAUCUAUUUAGCACCUCAUGUGCUUGCAUAAAAAUCAAGAGUCAGCUACAUAGUAGCCCGGGGGGGGGGGGGGGUACUCACGAGAUAAGGCAUAUGGGGAUAUGCCGCAGGAAUGGGUCGCCUUUUUUGAAGAAAUCCCUAAACAUGGCGUAUGGUUUUAUGCUGGAAAAUCCCUAAGCAUUGCCCAAUUUUUAGAUAAUGUCCUUAAACAUGGGUCCAUAUUCUACUCCAAUGUCUUAGGUGCAAAUACAAAAUGACCUUACAUUUUGGGUGAUAACCUUUUUUUUCUUUUUUUUUUGCUUGUCAAGUUUUUCCAGGCGAAAAUGUGCCCCCCCCCCUUUUGGAAAUCCUGGAUCUGCCCCUGUAAUGAAUCCCUAAUAAUGGGUACCUUUUUAGCCAAAAUGACCUGUAAAUAUGGGUACGGGUUUCAAACUUUCAGCCACACACCUUUGUCCAAACCAAAUCUAAGUACCUUCCCCCCGGCAUAGUAGACCUACAUAUUGAAUCUAAAAAAAAGAUUUAUUUAGGCUUACAUGUAUAUCUUUUUAUAUUUAUAUGUGAUGGAUAUUAAAAAUGUGACUCAUACGGCACAUCAUUACAAAUCAACGACACAAAUAGACUGUCCUUGCAAAGAACCUCUUGUGCAAUCUGCCCGUAAGAAAUUUUAAAAAGAGCCCCGGGCGGGCAACUCCCUGUUCAAUGUUAAAACUUCCCCAAGAAUGUGGCAGAUGUGGCCAAUAGGUUUAAUAAAUAAUAGCCCAAUAACAUCUUUAAAAAUAAUUAAUAAAAUACAUGUAGACCCCCUUUACCUUUGUUGUUGUUUUUUUUGGCCUGGCGAAAAAUGUGGAGAACCCCCCCCCCUCCAAAAAAUAAAAAAUAAAUGAAUAAAUAAAUAAAAUAAUAAUAUUAAAUAAAUCUUAAAAAUUCCUCCAAAGUCAAGAGCAAAAUUUUCAUUCUAUCCCAGGCCAGGCAAAGGAAAGUCAUAAAAAGGGAGGUUAGACAGACUCUUAAAAAAGAGAGACUAAUGGAGAGGAUCUAAUAAUGGAAGUCUUUGAUUUAAAGCCUAACGUUAGAUUAAAAAUCCUUUAGCCUUUAGGCCUAGGCUAGUUAAAAACAAAAAAUUGCUUUCUGUCGAGUGUUUCUCAAAAGUUGACUGCAUUGAAUCCAUUUACUGGAUGGUUAUUCGCCGUUGAAACUGAUAUAACUUAAAAAUCAUUUCAAAUAUGAACAAUAAUAAUCUUUUAAGGUCAUUUUCGAUGUUUCAUACAUAAUUAGAGCCUACAAAUUUACUUGCUUCAGGGUGAUUUUUAACAGCACUGCACCGGGAAUGUCCUGCCGUGUUGUUGGUACAACAGUGCAUUAGCGACACAAAAAGUCAAGUGUGGGACUGGGUUUAAACUGUGUGGUAAAAAAAAAUUUGAAGGUGAAAUUUCGACUGGCGAUAAAGAUACAUUUUCACAUUUUACAAAAUAAUUUUUUCACUGGCAUAGGUCUAAAAUAUAUAAAUUCUCUGAAAACAUACAUACUGGAGAAGGAAAGCUGUGAAAAAUGAAUAUUUUCUACUUACUCUCUUCCACAAUCACGAUUAUUGCAAGGAUUAUUUUGCUUCAUCAGCUAGUCUUGUGCUGCAGACCCUGUUUACAGCUGCAGAUCGUAUGCAAAUCAGCUGCAACUUGCGUUCAAUCGCAAGCCUUUUUCUUGCAACGCAAAUUGGCGAUUGAUUGCUACUGUAGUUGCAGUCGAUCGGAAUCGGCUGCAAAGUUGCAGUCGAUUUGCAAUCAAUUGCAACGUAACUUUCUUGCAACACCCCAUAAGAUGAGCAGAAGGUGAUGAUGGAAUGUCAUCUUCUGGCUCAUCUGGUUGAGGUAACCUCACGACAUCACUCUCCGGAAUGAUCGCGUCAUUCGUGGGUGGAGUAGUCCCUUCUUGAGGGGUACUAUUAGUAUCGACGAAGUGGUAUAAUUCUGCUGUUGUAAGUAAGGCAGAAUUAUACCACUUUGUGAACAGGAAAAUCCCUGCUGCUCUAAAUCCCGACGCAGCAAUGCUUGGCUUUUGGAGAAUUUCUAGCCAAGUGUCAGCGAAAACUCUCGAAAAUGUUGUUUUCGUGACGUAAUCGCUAGGGUUGCAAAAACGGAACAGCUGCUCGGCCCUGUUCCAGGAUGACUUCAGGGGUCUUAAGACCGACACAUCACAUGGUUAGAGUACGCGUUGCAUUGGGAGGGAAUCUAUAUUGGAGAAUACCAUUCCCUUCACAUUGCUACCUCCAAGGUCUGAUGUGCGUUGAGACCAUCCACAAGCAAGAGUGCAGGGAGGGACACUUUCUUUUGAGCCAAAGAUGGAUGGAAUAAGUUAGCAAUACAGCCAUAAAAGGCCUUGCUGUCCAUCCAGCUAUUUUUGGUUUGAGCAAAUAAGAGCCCCUUGGCGCACCUUGGUAAGCUGCUCCGUCAUGCCUCCCUGGCAUUAACAACACUAUCAUUGGCGGUUAGAAGCUGCCCUCCGCACAUGCAUUUACCAAAAAAUUUUCUCCAGUGCCAGCACAUGAUCGUCCAAACGCCCUCCUAGUGGAAACCCUUACUUGUCUGCAUUGAAAAUCCUUCCAGUUUCUUGUAGAAUGCUCUUGGCAUUGUUUUCAUUGAGGAAUCCCUUGAGGUCUUCAAACCGUAUGUGAAUUAAUGGGGGGAAUAACAUAUUUCAUUGUGACAAUAUGUUUUGAAAUUGUUGUUUGAAAAUCUGUAUGGCCCCUCUGAGAUCAUCGUUGUCCCAUGACAUCCUUGGCAUGAUGGAUACAGUCAUUUUGCCCCCGCCCCCGUCCCAACCACAAAAUUUGUGUGCAUGCUUAUGAAUUCUUUUUCACAAAAAAAAAUUUACAUCAUGGUUUAAGCCUUUAUUGCACUUCAUGGCUUCUGUUCCGUUUCUUAUUUGCAGUGCGUACUUGAUGGAAUCUCAAGAGGAAGUAAUGGUCUUUGGAUUGCAAAUGUCUGCACUUUCCUUAGAGAUUACCAAAGAAAUAUACUACAGCUAUUUCUUUCUUAUGACUACAAAAUUUAUGUGCAUGCUUAUAAUGUAUUUUCACAGACCUUUUUACAUUGUGUUAUAAGCCUUAAUUGCAUUUCAUGGCUUCUGUUCCAUUAUACAUGCAGUGCACUUUUGCUGGAAUCUAGAAAGGAAGUCAUGGUCUUCUUUUUCUCGUGUGACUUUUUUCAUUCUCACUUCAUUCAUUCGUUCCAGCUUCUCUUUCACUCUCAUCUCGCGAUCUAUUUUUUCUUGUUGCCGUCUUUGUCUCUGUGCAGUUUGCAUUUCCUGCUGUAUUUCCUUUUCCAUCCACUUUUGAUCACGCUCCUCCUUUCUCUGUUUUUUUUUUCCUUUCCUCUUCCUUCUCCUCCUGAUAUUUCAUGAAGGCUUCAACCGAAAUUGGCAAUUUCUGCUUUCUCCUCCUUUGCUUAUAAAAAUUUUUGGAGUAAACAAGGCAUUUUUCAAGAGAUGGAGAGAUGAAUGCCUCGUUUAGAGGUCUCUUAUGACAUGGAGUGAUGCCAUGGAUCUCUGUAGGAUCCAUGGCAUUGUCUUCUCCAUGUCUAAGAUGAGCAGAAGGUGAUGAUGGAAUGUCAUCUUCUGGCUCAACUGGUUGAGGUGACCUCAGGACAUCACUCUCCGGAAUGAACGCGUCAUUCGUGGGUGGAGUAAUCCCUUCUUGAGGGGUACUAUUAGUAACGACGAAGUGGUAUAAUGCUGCUGUUGUAAGUAAGGCAGAAUUAUACUGCUUCGUGAACAGGAAAAUUCCUGCUGCUCUAAAUCCCAACGCAGCAAUGCUUGGCUUUUGCAGAAUUUCUAGCCAAGUGUCAGCGAAAACUCUUGAAAUUUUUUUUUGUUUUCGUGAAGUAAUCACUAGGGUUGCGAAAACGGUACAGCUGCUCGGCCCUGUUCCAGGAUGACUUCAGUGAUCUAAAGACCGACACAUCACACGGUUAGAGUACAUGCAUUGCAUAGGGAGGUAAUCAAUAUAGGAGAAUACCAUUCCCUUCACAUCGCUACCUCCAACAUUUGAUGUGCGGAGAGACCAUCCACAAGCAAGAGUGCAGGAAGGGGCGCUUUCUUUUGAGCCAAAGUUGGCUGGAAUAAGUUAGCAUUAUAGCAAUAAAAGGCCUUGCUGUCCAUCCAGCUAUUUUUGUUUUGAGCAAAAUAAGAGCCCCUUGGUGCACCUUGGUAAGCUGCUCUGUCAUGCCUCUCUGGCAACACUUUCAUGGGCGGUAAGAUGCUGCCCUCAGCGCAUGCAGUUACCAAAACCGUCACCUGUCCUUUUGUCUAAUUCUUGAAUUGUUGAACUACCUUUUCUCCCUUUAGUGCCAGCACAUGAUCGUCCAAAUGCCCUCCUAGUGGAAACCCUGACUCAUCUGCAUUGAAAAUCCUUCCAGGUUUUUGUAGAAGGCUCUGGGCAUUGUUUUCAUUGAGGAAUCCCUUGAGGUCUACGAACAAUCUGUGAAUUAAUGGGGGGGGGUGCCCCUGGGAGAUCAUCCUCGUCCCACGACAUACUUGGCAUGAUGGAUUCAGUCAUUUUGCCCCCGCCCCCCUCCCAACCACAAAAUUUAUGUGCAUGCUUAUGAAUUAUUUUUCACAAAUAUAUUUUACAUCGUGGUUUAAGCAUUUAUUGCACUUCAUCGCUACUGUUCCCUUUAUUACUUGCAGUGUGUACUUGGUGGAAUCUCAAGAGGAAGUCAUUGUCUUUGGAUUGCAAAGGUCUGCAAUUUCCUUUGAGAUUACCAAAGAAAUAUAAUCCAGCUAUUUCUUUCCUCCGACCUUAGAAUUGAUGUGCAUGCUUAUAAUUUAUUUUCACAGAACCUUUUUACAUUGUGAUAUAUAAGCCUUAAUUGCACUUAAUGGCCUCUGUUCCAUUAUAUGCAGUGCACACUUGCUUGAAUCUAGAAAGGAAGUCAUGGUCUUUGUUUUCUCAGCAUCUUUUUUUUUCCAGUAUGGCUUUCUUCAUUCUCACUUCAUUCAUUCGUUCUAGCUUCUCUUUCACUCUCAUCUCGCGAUCUAUUUUUUCUUGUUGCCGUCUUUGUCUCUGUGCAGUUUGCAUUUCCUGCUGUAUUUCCUUUUCCAUCCUCUUUUGAUCACGCUCCUCCUUUCUCUGUUUUUUUUUCCUUUUCUUUUCCUUCUCCUCCUGAUAUUUCAUGAAGGCUUCAACCGAAAUUGGUAAUUUCUGCUUCCUCCUCCUUUGGUUAUAAACCUUGAUUUGGAGUAAACAAGGCAUUUUUCAAGAGAUGGAGAGAUGAAUGCCUCGUUUAGAGGUCUCUUAUGACAUGGAGUGAUGCCAUGGAUCUCUGUAGGAUCCAUGGCAUUGUCUUCUCCAUGUCCAAGAUGAGCAGAAGAUGAUGAUGGAAUGUCAUCUUCUGGCUAAUCUGGUUGAUGUGACCUCAUGACAUCACUCUCCGGAAUGAACGCGUCAUUCUUGAGGGGUACUAUUAGUAUCGACGAAGUGGUAUAAUUCUGCUGUUGUAAGUAAGGCACAAUUAUACCGCUUCGUGAACGGGAAAAUCCCUGCAACUCUAAAUCCCGACGCAGCAGUGCUUGGCUUUCGGAGAAUUUCUAGCCAAGUGUCAGCGAAAACUCUCGAAAAUGUUGUUUUCGUGACGUAAUCGCUAGGGUUGCAAAAACGGAACAGCUGCUCGGCCCUGUUCCAGGAUGACUUCAGGGGUCUUAAGACCGACACAUCACAUGGUUAGAGUAUAUGCGUUGCAUUGGGAGGGAAUCUAUAUAGGAGCAUACCUUUCCCUUCACAUCGCAACCUCCAACGUCUGAUGUUUAGAGAGACCAUCCACAAGCAAGAGGGCAGGGAAGGGCACUUUCUUUUGAGCCAAAGAUGGCUGGAAUAAGUUAGCAAUAUAGCUAUAAAAAGCCUUUGCUGUCCAUCCAGCUGUUUUUGGUUUGAGCAAAGUAAGAGCCCCUUGGCGCACUUUGGUAAGCUGCUCCGUCAUGCCUCCCUGGCAACUCUAUCAUGGGUGGUAAGAGUGUCACCUGUCCUUUUGUUGAAUUCUUGAACUGCUGGACUACCUUUUCUCCCUUCAGUGCCAGCACAUAAUCGUCCAAACGCCCACCUAGUGGAAACCCUGACUCGUCUGCCUUGAAAAUCCUUCCAGAUUCUUGUAGAAUGCUCUGGGCAUUGUUUUCAUUGAGGAAUUCCUCGAGGUCUUCAAACCAUUUGUGAAUUAAUGGGGGGAUAAAAUAUUUCAUUUUAUGGAUGUACAUGUAGGUAUUUGUUUUAUCUUGGUAAAUGCAAUUAAAUAUGGUGCUUAUGUGUAGAUUAUGUGCACCUUUGCUCCAACUAGAUAUGCUACUGACAAGUUAUGUCAUAUACACUUAAUAGUUUUUCUUUCAAUAUGCAUUCUCAUAUACUAUCAUUUUCUUGAAUAAUUUUCCCCCUUAUUCUCUCAUUCACAUGACUGAAGUACAAUUUAAAAAAAUAUAUAUAAUCUGCAUUAUUUAACAAAUAAGUCCAUGAAUUUUUCCUGUAAUAGUAAUAUCAACUUCUCAUAUAUUCUUUCCAAUCACUGCACAGGACACAUCCUUUCUGGUAACACACCAGUAAACAAAUAAUGAAAGACACAAUGAAGUGUUUGUUAUUUUUCAACUUUAUUAUCUAAAAAAAUAACCAUUAAAAAACAAUAAGAUUGCAAUUAAAAAAAAAGGUGAUCAUCAUACAGUCUCUUACAUCCAAAGGGCUGGCUUUACUUGGUUACAUCAUAGCUCCUGGAAGCCACGGUAGACUUCUGAUGGGAAGGUAUCCCUGAUCACUCUCACGGCGCACGAUGGAAGGGGGACCCUUACUGCUCGUCCCAGGAAACCCCAGCACCAGCGGGCAAGUUGACGAUAAGCCACAUGAUGGUUCUUCCUGCAAGUAGAGUGGAAAAAAAAUGUCAUCUCAACAGAGUGAAUGAAUAAGGCUCCAGCUGCGUAGUUUUGUUAAAUGGAAACUACGUAAAAAUUGGGGAGGUUAUUUAUUCAACUGAAUUUUUUUGAUAGUUCUUGAAUCAAUCAAAUCAAUCCAAGUACCCAUAAUCCUUUCCAAUUUCCCUAAAAAGUAAUCGUGUCCUAAAUUAAACAAAACAAACUAGUCCUAAAAAAAUGUGUUUUUUUUAAUUUCAUUUCCUUUACUGCUCUGAUUCACAUUAUUGCAUAUUUCAUGAACAUAUACAUGUACAUACUCAUUCUCUGUCGCAUCAUUGCGACCUCCUCCUCCUCCAUACUGCUGCCGGUAGUGGUAAUAGGCCGUCUCCAGGACCCAGGGGUUGAGACAAACCCCCUCAAAUCCUGGAUGGUUUGUGAUGCAAUCAAGUUCACCACCGUUGAAAGAAUCCAUCUUCUGGACAACCUCUGCGAUCUCUUUGCAGCACACACACUCGCGGACGAUGGGCAUUGGUGCACAGUCCCCACUGCAUGAACACCUGUAAAUAUACAAAUUAAGAGACAGUUGCAAACAAAUUCAUUGCUUUUCUCUUCUCUUUCUUCUUCUCUUCCUUUUCUUUUUUAAUUACCAUAUUUGGAUUUAAAGUCCAGGAAGAGAAUCUCAAUAUUAAAUUCAGGGCUUUAAAUUUAAUGGACGCUAGAAACCUUAGGCUUAGCCUUAGUUAGAGAUGAUUGAAUGAAAGGCAUAAGGAAAAUAAGCAAUCAUUUCAGCCAUCAGUAAAUUCGUUCUAUAUUUUCUGACUUAAAUAAAAUUCAGCGGUGAUUUUCACAAGAGACCAGCUCUAUUGCAACAUUUUUUGUUGUGCAAUAACAAAUGUGUGCAUAAACAUGUGGACACUCUGAUCAUGACGCAAAUCACCUUCUACCGGCAUAGCCUUCGGCUGCGGAGCCCAUUUUUCCCCGGGUCUGAAUCGUCCCGCGAACGGCAAAGUUAGUUGAACGCUUGCCGAAUUUUACGGCCAAGCUUUACAGCCUUCGCUCUGCCGUAGCCAUAGGCUGGCCGGGAAAGAAGGCGGCGAGUUGCGGUCAAAUUUUUGAAAUUAUUCCGAUGUAAAAUGAACCGAGAAAUACCGUGGCAAACAAAAAGUAAGCAAAUAUAAGUAUUGGAAAGCAUGAAAGUUCAGAAUUGACGUACCAGAAAUUGUUUUCAAGUCUCUCUUGACGUAGGUUGUCGACUACAACUUCUUCUUCCACCUCAUCUGAUCCUGCCUCCGGCUCGAAUCUGUAAGGUACAAUCCCCUCAAUUUUAUCGUCUAAACUGCUACCAGAAUCUGAUGAGUCAGUAAACGAGUACUCAGACCCUUAAUCAACGUCUGAAGAAUCCGAUGAUGGCAUGAUGUCUCAAAAAUACCAAAAAAAUUGAAGCAAUUGGAUGAAAUAUUCGUCGAAACAAAGUUGAGUAGCAAGCGAGCGUGUACGAAAUAAAGCUGAAUAAUGAACCCGGAAGUUGGGCAAACGCGAUCGAUCGUUCUUCAGGUGACGUCACAAUGAUUGACAGCUCGAUUUGCCGAUUUUUCUCAAAAAUAAAGUGGGCGUUCCUGUUGAAGUUCAUUUUCAAGGAAUUACUCGAAACCUGUAAGCCGAGCGAGGAAAACGAUGACAGAUUCGUGUUUUGCACGAAAAACUACUGAAAAUGCUUACUUCUAAAAUGAAUGAUUUCUGUGUCAUGGAACCUUUAAAACCCUUUUUGAGAUUUCUCUGUUCGAGUGAUGGAUGGCUCUUGCUAGAAAUGAAUACAGAUAAUUAUAUAGCUAUAAGAACAAAAUAUUCCAGCAUAUUAUAGACUAGAUUUUUUAAAAGUCAAAUGCAGCCUACACACACAAUUCUGUGUAAAUGAUUCACAAUCUCUACCGGCUAUUUUUUUUUUCAUGGGCUUUCCAAAACCAACUUCCUAAAUCUCCAACAGUGGACAAUCUUUUACUACUGUUGUACAUAUGGAUUUGUUGGCGCUAUUUUCCCGAUUGGUGUAACCCUUAAUCUCUGUCGUUUUCCUUAAAGAAGAGGAAGUUCUGGCUACCUGUUCUACAUGUAUGGUGUCUCACUGAACCCUUUGUAAACAUUGCUAGGGAACGCUUGGGGAGGAUCGCUCGCGCCAUCGCAAGGACCGGGAGUCUUGAUCUUUCUAUUUCUAUAGGGACUUCCUCACUGGUAGACUCCAUACCUAAAGGAAUUCAAAGGAAAAAAACAUUUAAAUAUAAUUACUUUCCACAAGACAAACAACAAAUAACAGAGCAAAAGUGAUAUGCGGUGUAUCAUGGUAUAAUAUCAAAAGAUAAUCCAGAACCAAGUCAUAAUGUAAAUUCCAGGCCAAUGUAACGACCACCAUAUCUUCAAAAGUUAUAUAAAACCUGAAUCAUUUCACUCGUCAGUGAGCUCUGCAUGACUCUUUGUAAUGAACAGUAAGCAAUACAGAUACGAUCCAUCUAUUCAAAUCUCCAUUAUAGCUAGAGAAGCAUAACAUCUUUUAUUUGCGCAUUUUGUAAUGACGUAACAACAGACCGAACUCGCACUGCAUGAGCAUGUUUUGCAUGAAUUUCAUAUGAAAAAAAAAAAUCAUUUUUUAGGUGUCAUAUAAACAAAAUAAUGAAUGUUUUUUCAUUCGUGCAAUGGACAGAAUACUUCAUUCGGUGAAAGAUGAAAUAAUGAUCCAUUCAACUCGGCUACGCCUCGUUAAAUGGAUCAUUUCAUCUUUCACCUCAUGAAGUCUUCUGUCCAUCGCACUCAUAAACAUUCAUUAUUUGUAUAGCACUCUACAAUACUGAAUGCAUUGACCUACUUCCUGAGUUUGAGGAACCCGGGCUAAAACAUUAUUUUGUCUGCGCUAGCAUGUAUUCCACAGCCACGACUUCUCAACUGCCUUGAACCAAUUCAUCUGCACAUGCGGGAACAUGAAUAUCAACCAUCCAUCCAGGGUGCAGGUCAGAACAAUGGACGUGGCAGUCCUAAGAGGCGAAUGGGCGCCUUCACCUCGAACCCAAUAUAGAGUUAAUUACUUAAGCUUAUAAAACACCCCUUGUAAAACAAUUCCGUCAAAGAAGAUGCCCAUCUCAGUGUGCCUCACCUUUACUUUUUGAUAUACUCAAUUUUUGUCUAAAAUGUGGUGGUUCCAAUCUUCUUCUUUUUUCAUUUUCUCUUUUUCAAUGUUUACCAUGACUGCAUGACUCCUACUUUGUUGAGCAAGACAGGAAGGUAUCGAGUCCCUCGCCACAACUUUAUACCCAGUAUACUUACUCAUACACGUACAAUGUAACAUGAUAUGAUAUAAUAAGUACAAAUACAUGAUUGACAGAAUCAGUAAUACAGUUUCCUGACAAUAAUCAACAUUACAAUAUACGAUCACCUAGUAUGGGACAACAAAUAAAUUAAGGGGGGAGGUAGGAAACUGUUGCAUUGAGUGGCUUAAAAAGGAUCAUAUCCUAUCAUUCUAUUUAUGUAAAUUCCCAAGGGCUUCGCGAAAAUGAAGUAGCAGAUUGUUGAAAAGACGCACCCAAGUCGGGGGUAGCAGGGUGGGUCUUUACAUUGACAAGUGCAUUAUGCAACAAAGAUCCUGAUUGGCUAUUAUCGAUUAGCACAUUUAUCAAAAUUCAUAAUGUUAUAUGGCACAGAUCUGCACAAAAUCUAUUUUAAGAAAAAGAAUAAUUGUAUGAGUCUGUUUGCCUUUAAUUUCAUUAUUUAUUUCUUGAAGGCCAUAAUUAUUUUGUUGGGUACAUUGUAACGUGACAUAUUAAAACAUACAUCAUUUCAUGUCAUUAAUUUAGAUCAGAGUCUGUGAUAUACAUGUACAUGUAAAAGCUUACAUUAGUUAAAAUUUUGAUUCAAUUAUUUGAAAGUAUAUCUUUCUGAUCUUCAAAUUUAUGACUGUACGAAGAUCCAUUUGUACUUACCAUGUGAAGAUGUAAAGUUGAGGCUCUGAAGACUCUGGCACCUGUAGUUGGGUGACAUUAUGAUCAAAUGAAGGAAAUGGAUCACAGCACAGGCUCUUGUAUUUUUUCAUGAGGGCAUCAGUAUCUACAUGUUUAAAUUUCUUAGCUUGGUUAAGUAGAGACCGCAGCUGGGCAUGAGUGAAUCUACAUGAUAGCUUUUCUCCAACAAGCUUGAUUGUUUUUCCAACUGAAUUGUCAUUAUUGGUGUAAAGAAGUAGCAAGUGUCCAUUCUUCAGAUCUGUCAAUUGUUCAGGGAAGACUUCAAAAUUGUCAGUCAGGUAUUGAUGAAUCUUGCCCAUUUUCUCGGGCAUUGCCCGUUUAUGUUUCUUAGCUGGUCGCGGCAUUUUUUUCCAGCAAGUACCUGAAAGAAAGAAAGAAGAAAGAAGGCUUUUUUUGGGGGGGUAGCUUGAUCAUGAUGUGUGUAAUUCACAUCAUAAUAAAGCCCCCCCCCCCAAAAAAAAGAAGAAAAUCUGGGCCUAUAAUUAAAGCGACCAGAAACUGGCGAACACUGGUUGACGCCAUCUACGUCUUCCUCCAUUCACUCAUACAUAACAUUUUUCGACACACGCCAUGUGCUAGUCCGACGCACUCUGUGGCAUCCUUUUGGCAAAAGCUGUAGAUGGCGUCAACCAGUGUUUACCAGUUUCUGGUCGCUUUAACAGAUGUUUUUAUUGUACAAAAUUUUGAUGUCAGUUUCUACUCUGAUAUACAUGUAUAUCAGUAACAAAAAUAAAAUCUUUGUAAUUUACAUUCUAAACUUCAGCACUCAUUGCAGUUGGAAUUGAUGUUGUCAUGAGAGUGACCCCAUGCUCAUACCGAUCCAUCAAUGGAGAGCUGGGGCUGAUGUGCACAUGUAAAAAGCUUCCAGGGAAUUCUGGAAACUUUGAGUGAUUCCUCCCUGGACGCAAUUCAAAGAUCCUCUCUUGGUGAAGUUCCUGUGCAAGAGAAGAUACAUCUUCCUUGCCGAUGUGUUGGCGCUUGGAAGGUUUCCUAAAUUCUAGUUGUUAUGUCUACAUUAGCGAGAACUUCAUGCACUGCCUGUGCAAUGUGGCUGAUUCUGUCCAUGCUUUUCUGAGACACCUUGCUAUGGAGUCCUCUAUGAUGCUCCUUAAACACCCUAUUGUGAUGCUUCAUCGUCCAGUCAAGUUCUACAUUAGUGUUUUGUAGGCCUUUGGUAUUUAUGGAGCAGUUCCAGAUUAGCUCAUAACAUAAUCUAGGGGUCAGAAAGCACUUCACCUUUGGCAGAAGUUGCAAGAUCUGAUGUGCAUAUUUGAGCUUGUUGCCUGUCUUAUGCAGCAAAAGCUGCUUUUAGGGUUGAAUGAUGCGCUCUCCAUCAGCCAUCUGUUUGGCGUCAGUGACGUCGAGGGCUAAUUUCCAUCCUAGUGCACACUUGGAAUAAUUGACGACCCCAUCGUGCAUGCUUGAAGCGGUAGUACUCUGUCAUCAGGCACUCCUUGAUGCAUUUUCUUCUCAUGGUUGAGAAGGCCUUUCCUUGUCUGGUAUCUCUUGCCACACUUCUUGCAGAGGAAUGCCAUCUCAAAAUUCGUCAACCUCUGCCAAUACUUUUAAAAGAAAAUCAGGAUCAUCAUUAUUUGGGGUGUAGAUAUUUACAAUUGAAAAUGGAAGCUCAUUAAAGAUACCAUUCAGUAUGAAAAAUCUACCACUUUUGUCUUGUGACAAAGCAUUAAUUUUAACUAAAAGAGUUCUUAACAGGAAUAGCGACUCCUAUUAGAGGAGUACCUUGUAAAAUAACUUAAAUCUUCCCACUGAGACUUCCACAAGUUCUUGGGCAUCCAUCUUGCCCUUAAACUUUCUAGGACUUUCUUUGAAAAAUCAUCAGACACAGACAAAUUCCUCUCCUCAUAUUUUGAUGCCUUGAUCUUCCCAAUACAGCCCUGUAGCACCUUUUCCUUUGUCAUGAAAGAAGCUAGUACUAUAUGAACCAUUCUUGGACUGGCCUUCAAAUCUUUGGGACUUGCUGUUGUUGUUGACAUCUCUCAAUGCACAGAUCAUUAGCAGGGAAACCAACAAAAUCUUUGAGGACCUCUCUCAGAACCAAAAGAGUAGGGUGGGGACAUUUGCUCUCUCCGGGACUCUGUAGAAAAAAAAAUGUACUACAAACAAUACAAAAACCCAACUUCAGAAGUAGCAGCCAGAAUAGAAAGUACAUUUACAGAUGCCUUAAGAAUUUAUCAUCGUAACCGUAUGCCUGUAAUUCAUAUUUUCAUUUUUGGAUUGUCUUAAAUGUUUUUUGUGUCAAGUCAGUUUGUCUUGGGAAUUUAUUACAUUGUUCCUUAUGCUGAAACUCUGUUCCACCCGAAGUCCUCUGCCUGCAUAUUAUUAGACUGUGAUGGAAGAUUACCAAUCAUUCUUUCCAUAAUGUUCGUUUGUCUUUCCAUCAUAGCCAUCAUAACCAUCUUGAACUCUCCAGCCUCUCUCCUCUUGUCUUCGACAGUCAUCCUUCUUUGCCAGUCUUUCUCCAUGAGCGCCUCAUCUGCUUUCCUCUGCUUUUCCUCCAGCGCUUGAAUAUCUUUCUUCAUAUUUCUUUAUAUGAUGUUUCUAAGGCAGCAUGAUGCUUUGAUUAAACUUGUGAGAAAAUUAUUAACUCAAAUCUAUUUUCCCAAGCAUAAAAUUGAUGACAAUACAACUAAUAGAAAAUCCACUACAUACAAAAUGCAAGAUAUGAUACAAAGUUAACCUAACUUCAGAGGUAGCAGCCAGAAUAGAAAGUACAUUUACAGAUGCCUUAAGAAUUUAUUAUCGUAACCGUUUGCCUGUAAUUCAUAUUUUCCUUUUUGGAUUGUCUUGAAUGUCUGUUGUGUCAAGUCAGUUUGUCUUAGGAUUUAUUACAUUGUUCCUUAUGCUGAAACUCUGUUCCACCCGAGGUCCUCUGCCUGCAUAUUAUUAGACUGUGACGGAAGAUUACCAAUCAUUCUUUCCAUAAUGUUUGUCAUUCCAUCAUAACCAUCUUGAACUCUCCGGACGGAAAAAGGGUGCGAAAGGGCUUGCCCCAAGCCACAAACAACGUGCGGGUCCAGGGAGCUUAACUGCAUCGGAUGUCCCCCAGGAGGGGGAUCCAUAACUACAGUGAGUCUGCGCCAGGUUUGUAGUGGCGCAGAAGCUGUCUCUGGAAUGGCCUCAUGUGAAGUCGGCAACCCAAAAGGAUGUCAAUUAGGCUGGCCAUGAAGCCCAGCAGUCGCAACCAGGUAUGGGCCUUCACGUAGCGAGUGAGAGAAGUGAUUGACUGAACCCUGUCGGCACUGGGCUGGGCAAUCUGGUUGGGGAUGUCCAAUUCUGAGCCCAAAUAAGUGGGAAUGCAGGUCGGAGUAAGAUCUGACUUCUCCCAGUUUACAACAAACCCUAACUCCUGGGUUACCCGGAGGAGUAGGGAGAUGUGAGAGAGGAGUUUUGCCUCGGAGUCGGUGACAAGCAGCCAAUCGUAAAGUAGACGAAUAGUCUUUUUUCAAGGCAGGACAAUUCUUUCAAAUGGUGUUCCACCAAUGAUCAAGUUUCGCACUCUCCCGAAACUGUGUCCUUUCACCUGUCCAGGUGGAAUGUAGAGUUUGAAAUGCUUGUUCCUUCGAUAUUUGUAUAUAAGUGCUGCUGUGUUUACGUUGACUGGCAGACUUACCAGCUCCUUCGACUCAUGCCUUGCAGAAAUGAAAUGGUUGAUUCUGCAAAGCAGGAAACUCCACCCUCAGAAGCUCUUUAAAGCUGUCAGCACCCAAGUUUUCAUAAGAACAUGGCUCUUGUAUCGCAAUUGACCUAGAAAAAGAGGGAGAAGUAAAAUUCUGAGAUAUCAGUAUUUUGGGGCCGGAAGUAAGCCCUGGCGGGUUAGAUUUUAAUAUCUUACAUAUAGGGGGAAUAUUUUAUAUCAAGGGGCCUCAUUAGUUAAACACCAAUAUCUAUCGUCCCAUUGAUCUCAUUUAAUUCUCAUCUCUUUUAAAUUGCGCAUUAUUUUCUCACACUGUAUAUGAAGUACCAUACAGUACCGUCCAAGAGUUAAGAUAAUAAAAAGCUCUCCUAGAACUUUUAAGGAGAGCGGUAGAGGAUCACUGCUUGCGCCUGACAAGUGGCCGGCGAAGCUCCUGUCUUCCGGCCGGAGGAGGACGAAACUAUGGAGCUUCGCCCCGUACGCGCGAGCCACAACCACCCAAAUGUGUCGGGAUAGACUUCGGUACGGUAGCCUAGAUAUAAAAUUAAAAUAAGUCUAGAAUCCACUUCAAAACCGUAUUUAAAUCAUGGUAAUAUUAGUAGUAGUGCGAAAAUACCAUUAAACGAAAAUUGAGAGAAUAACAAGCUUACCUUUCCCCCAAAAUGCCUGCUCACAUUGUGUUUCGUAAUAAAGGUCGUUCCAUGGAUGUACGUACUCGCUGCCUUCUCUGCCACUCCACGUAUUCAAGGAUCACACUUUAUUUUUGCUCCCUGUCUUCUGAAUGUCUCGCACCAGAUUUUAGUCGCAUAUGUGAUACCCUCUGCAGUUGUUUCCGUCUCGAACCCAACCCCGAACCCCCAGCUCUUGACAGUCAAGAUUGUCACUUUGGAUUUACUGUUACUCAUUUUGUUUUUCUUUUCGUUUUCUUUCAAAUCAAAUGUGCUAAUCUUCAAAGUCCAUUCCACUAGAUCGGGGUUGCCUAGCACCUAGCCUCGGAUCGGAUCGCUCACUAGCCAGCCACGCGCAGCUCAGCGAUCGCGAGGCGCGCUAUUAAUCGCGCUACCUAAAAUGGAUUAAGGCGCGCAUGUAGCGCGCGAUCGCUCUCGCGCGCCUUAAAAUUGAGUCCCUGGACCUACUAGUACCAUGCUGCAGUGUUAGGAGAAAGCACCACUUCCAGCUCAUCAGUGCUCCUUGUAACCAGAUCCUCAAUGACAGUAUUCUGACUAUUAUCCCUUUUGAUAAAAUGACUGCGUUCAAAACGUGCAGCAACUUGCUUGUGGAGAGAGACAAGUUUCUUUUCUGUUUUCCCCUUCUCUUUAUGGAGUUUUUGGGUACGAAUCUUCAGUUGCGCACGAGACAAGUAAGAUAGCUUUGUUGAAGAAGACGGUGAUGUUGUAUCUUCGUCCUUCUGCUUUUUGUCCCUCCAAGACAUGAGAUCUCCUCUGCCGACUGAACAAACAGAGCAUCUGUCCUUCCCUUCUUCCACCAACUUACAGUGUUUGAGCCGAACAGAUUUCUUGUAAAAGGAACAAAUGAAAAAUGUUGUUGAGGGUAUUCCAAUGCUGCUCCUGUCUACCAUAAACUCAACAAAGUCUGGGUUACCACUACAUAUUUUGAUGGCUCCAGCAGUCAUCACUAAAUCUUUUGCUGAAUCUUUGUCAAGAAUUGCGGGUAAGUGCCCAAGGAUGGGGUGAUCCUGUUUCAAUUCUUUGCCAACUAUCGAAACAUGCCACGUUGCCUCGUUGUAGAUAGUUACACAUUUGGGUAUGGUGGUGACAUCUUUGUCUUGAACAGAUAUACUAAUGAAUAAUGUUCUAUCUGCCUGCCUGCUCAUACACAUUCCCACAAAAGAAAGAUGCUCCGCACAUGAUGAGGUGAUGUCAUCGAUGUUAGCAGUGUUCACAUGUUGACAUAUGCUGUAUUCUGCACAAAAUUAAAGACAGGAAUAUUGACAUCAAUAAUAUUCUUCUGUGCCUUUGUCUUUCGGAACCUAUCGAGUUUCCGCUCACAUGAUUUACAUAUGAAUGGAGGAUGGACCAUGCAGUCAUCUGCUUCCACGUCAAUCUGCAAUGCUGCCGAAAUAAACCUGCUGAAUUUCUCCUUCUUAUACGGAAGUCUAUCUGCAAGCAUAGCAUUCUGCUUGCCACACAAUAUACAGAAUGCUUUCAGACCUUCUUUAUGCUGUGCCGCCAUUGUUGGCAAUCCCUCCUCUUGGUAGGUCCAUGGUAUAUUGAAAACUGUAUUCAAAGAAAAGAAAAAAAAGAGAGGUUAAAAAAAUUAGCAUCAACAAAUUUGAUACGGUUUUCAGUGCCUUAGGUGGUACUAUUCCCUGAAUAACAGCCAUUUGAUCAUUUCCAUUGACCAUAAUAAUAAUAAACAUUAAUUUGUAUAGUGCAGCUUUUAUAUGGAUAUAUUCAGCUGCACUUGUUCAGAGCUCUUUUUACUUUUGUCUACGCAGCAUAACAUUACUCACUUCAAUUCUCGCUACCCCAAAUAGGAACAAAAAUCUCAUAAUGCGCGAGACGAGAUAAUUUUCACUUCGUCGGGUCGUCAUCACCACUUCCGGUUCAGAGUUAUGCUCGCGCGAGGUUCGCGAUACUGAGUUUUCCACCACGCUGAAAUCGAUGCCAAUCAGCGUAAUAUGUACAGAUUAUAAUACUUUUUAUCUAAUUUGGUCAGUUAUGAUUCCAUUUGAAUUAUAAAUAGAAAUAAAAAAUAUAUUUCACAUGAAAAUGUGAAAGAGAGGGUUGUGAUCACGAACUUUCCGAGCGAAAGCGACGUUGUGUUGUUGUGCAUGAUCUGAAUGGCAAAACAGUGCAUCGGACUUCCGAUCAGGAAGUUGUAAUACCGAAAAGCUAUCCCAUAAUGCAAUGCGCGUUACAGGGAUUUUCCCGGAUCUCGGCGAAAUCGCUAUUUGGGGUAGCGAGAAUUGGCAACGCAGUGAAAACAACAAAAAUCACUGUUUAAAAAGGCAAAUUGGCCAUGGCAACCUUUCGUUGUAAUUCUGCCAUAAAUUAUUUCUUAUCAUCUCAAGUUAUAACUUAUACCCAUCCAUAUUUUUUCAAAGUAUGAAAGUUAUUAGAAAAUUAGGAUUGUUGCCAAUUCGAGGAGCAAAAUUAAAUCAAAUUUUACCACUAUACAGCUGCGAACCUCUAUACUCUAAUGGAAAAUUUCAUUACGCGGUAAUUUUGUAUAUUUUUACUGAACAUACAUACAUGUAGAAUAGAGAGUCAGAGACACAGCGAAGAAUAGAUACACAUUUUUAAAAGCUUAAACAAAAUACAGUCAGCCUUUUUCGACACAAUAAUUUAUUUCUCCUGGGCAUGGUGGAUCUGCCUGGUGCAAACGGGUGUCAUCUGCACACGGAGUUUGCCUGUUGAAAUGACAGAAACGUUUUUUUUCUAUGGCAGGAUUUCCAUUUGAAAUGUGAAAAGUAUAACAUUAAAGAACCAGUGUGCAAAAGAGCUAAUUUGAUCUAGAGUCUAUUCCACAAAAAAUUAAUACAUGUACCAUCUUAACAAUCUCAAAGCGAUGUAAAUGUAGCUGUCACUUCUUGUAGAUUCUAGAAUUAGGAAAAGUGUAAUUUUUCCCCCUCUAAAUUGGACGCAAAACAGUGAAUAUUUGACUUAUAAUAUAAUAAGAAAUUCAUGUUACAUGUACGUCACAAAUGUAUGUUACACUGAUUACACCAGGUCCUUUGGAGAGUUGGACCUUAAGCCGUCUGUCCCCUGGUUGCUUGCUUUCUUUCAUGCUUUUUAGCAGUCCGGUUUAAAUAAAUCACCACCAGGCACCGGUGGCAGUCAUCAUUGUCAUCGACAUCAGCAUCAUCAUGUAAUGUAACAUUAGAUCUAGUCUAACAUCAGAUGAUCUAAUGUAACGUUAGAUCUCUUAGAUCUUAGUACUAUAGACUCUAGAAUCAUGUGUGUAGAUGGGCUUAGAUGAUUAGAUCUAAACCGAGAUUUACACUUCAUUUUAAUCAAAUUUUAAUCACGUUUGACAAGUGACCCACCAUUUCCGGGGGUCGAGGGGUGCGUCAUACAAUUGAUAGGUGCAUUACCUUAUCAUCAUAGGCAUAUGAUUUCACAAUGAUAUGGCGUGGUUUAUCUCCCCUUUUUCCUGCCCUGGUGGCUUUCUCCACCUUGACUGCCAAAUGGAAUUUCAUUGUCAGCACAUCCUCAACGAUUUUCACACAAUCCUCUUCACGUUUGGCUUCCUCAACUCCUACAACUCGAAAGUUAUUUCUUCGUAAAAGAUGCUCUGCCUUGUUAAUCUCUAGAUCGAUCCUUCUGAACUUGGGUUUCAUAUGUUUUUUCCAUCUUCUCCAAGCGACUCUCUAGUUCUGCAUUUUUCUUUUCUAAGUCAUUAAUGCGAAGUCCCUCAAACUCAAGGGCCCUCUCCACUCUCUUGACACUGCCAACUAAGCGCUUCACCGCCUUCUCCAUCAUCUUCUCAAAGUUACUGGUUGCCUCUUUAAGAAGGCCUGCUAGUUCCUUCCCAGAAGAGGGGAGUGCGCCUGCAUUUCCAGCAGGCUGAGGAGGGACCUCCACGCCUGCAGGAACGGUAGUAUUGUCCUCUAGUUCAUCGUGCAACAGUUUGUAGUUUGAGCGUGUUUUCCUUGAGAUAUUUUUGUCAUUUUUCUUUUCAAUUCCGGCACUCAAUGAUCCUUUUUUUUUCAAACUGUCCCAGUUGUGCUGGCCAUUCAAAGAACAGUCUGGAUUUAUGCACAUUGGAGAACCUUGGCAUGCAGCAGUUCUCCGAAUCCCUUCAAAAUCUUUACAGGAUCCUUAGUAGAUUUUUUACCUUCCUUGCAACUCCUGUAUGCUUUCAUGUGUGCAUGACCACAAAUUCUUCUGGACAUAUUGACGUUACGGUUACCACUUCUUGUUUGCACACCGGAGUUAGAUUCUGUUUUUUUUCAAACUGUCCCGGUUGUGCUGGCCAUUCAAAGAACAGUCUGGAUUUAUGCACAUUGGAGAACCUUGGCAUGCAGCAGUUCUCUGAAUUCCUUCAAAAUCUUUGUGUGAACUGGUAACCCACGUCCACCAUGGUCUCCCAUCUUUAGACACCGUCAUCAUACUUUCUUUAUCGCAAGGUAACCAAAAUUUGCAUUGGCCAUCUACAACAAAAGGAAUGGCUGAUUGCUCUACAUAAUCAUCCCUGCUGGUUGGGUGUAAGAAUACCUCGAAGGUGUCCCACUCCAGUGUCAUUUUCAUGCCAAUUGUCAUCCAUGUUAUCUAUUUCUCGUUCUGAUUCAUUUCCUUUCUAGUGUUCAAAUGGCUGGAAAGAUCUCCCAUGUAAAUGCAAUUCCCAGUGUUUUCUUUAUAAUGAGUGUUGCAAGGAUGCCGAAGACAUGUCUGCUGCUAGAACGCUGAAAACACAAGACAUUUAUCCUCACUAUCCAUACCUGAGAGGAUAGCUUGGGAAGAUGACUUUUCCCUGUAUCUCUCAUGUGUUAUUGUUUCUGGUGUUGAUUACAGCUAUAAUGGAGCCAAUAUUACCAUCUUUUCUCACUACCAGAUGAUUUCUAAGUGCCCCUCCUAUGUCCUUGCCCAUAGCAUAAUCCGUACCAAGUGUGAGAACCCCGCAGGAGCCCGACGAAGAAUUGUACACACCUGUUACUGUUGAAAGCAUUGGUCACUUUAGACAUUUUUAUUGUGCAUUGUGUCACAACAUUUAUACCAGUAUCAAGUGUUGGAGCUGGAAAAGGUACUGUGAUGUUGAUGAUGAUGGUAGCAGUAGUUCGAGUGGAAGCAGUAUUGAUUCAAAUGAAAAACAAACCCAAUACACAGAAAAGAACUGACUGGAAACUACUGCUCUAAACAACUUAGGCCGUCAGAGCCUUCCCAAAGACAUUUGAACUCAUAAGAGGAGGCACCGUCGAACUUUCUACCCUCAAAUGACAUUGACAGAAGAAAAUUAUCAUCUAUAAAACUAUAAUUUCCAUUGAUUUCAACAAAUGCAUUUUUUUCUCGAGAGGUUCAUAACCUCUAUCUUUUGACCGAAUGACAUUGAGAUCGGGAGGAAACUUCUCUAUUACGGCCUCUGCAACUGCGUAGCAUGCGAGCAUGGGUCGUCAUCCAUGAAGUGCUUGUAGCACAGGAAUACCUCAAAUAUGACCUCGUGUGUGCACCCAAAUUGCUUGCACUUUUCAACAUGAUGCUCUGGCCUGUCUCUUAGCACUUCCAAGAAUGCUGAUACAUUCAUCUGUCUCAUGCUUAAUGCUGUACAAAGCCUCUGCCACACAGUGUAUCACUCGGCAGGUUGUUGCCCUGCUUACUCCAUGGUUGUUGGUACUGCUGUCAAUAACAGACCCUGUGGCGAAAAAUCGCAGGGCGAUGAAAACCUGCAGGGCAGGUGGAAUUGCCCUGUUUCUCUUCGAUUUUGGCCGAAUGAUAUCUUCUAAUUUGCUGAUUAUUGCAAUGAUGCCAUCUCUCCUGACUCGAUGUUUUUUAAACAUCUCAUCAUGGUUAUACAUGUCUAGGAGGUUUGCUAUGUCCCUGAAAACUCUAGGGCGACCCCGGGGACGCUGCUCCUCCUCUUCGAUAAUACUAGCCAACAGUGCAGCCAUUUUUUUGAAAAUGGCCAAAUGCCAAUGAUGCCAUCUCUCCGGAAUCGAUGUUUUUUAAACAUCUCGUCAUCGUUAUACAUGUCUAGGAGGUUUGCUCUGUCCCUGAAAACUCUAGGGCGACCCCGGGGACGCUGCUCUUCGACUUUGAUAAUACUAGCCAACAGUGCAGCCAUUUUUUUGAAAAUGGCCAAAUGCCAAUGAUGCCAUCUCUCCGGAAUCGAUGUUUUUUAAACAUCUCGUCAUCGUUAUACAUGUCUAGGAGGUUUGCUCUGUCCCUGAAAACUCUAGGGCGACCCCGGGGACGCUGCUCUUCCUCUUCAAUAAUACUAGCCAACAGUGCAGCCAUUUUCUUUAAUAGUGAAACAGCUGUGUUUUUGCUAUGGCAAUAUUUGAUGCAGCUGUUUUUAUAUUUGCCGCAGAAACAAAGAUUUGACGCUGAAAAUGGGAGUUGCCACUGUGACAAAUGUUUUAUGAGACGGGCCUCUGGAAUGAAAACUGUCAUCCCCAUAAGGGUGGCAAUUAUUUCAAAACUUUUUCAAAAAUAUAUAGUCACCAUAGGGAUUUUCUCAUUUUUUUAAAUCCAUGAAAAUGCUUAAGUCAUUUAUGUACACAGUAUGGAAAAUUAUUUAAGAUUUAAUUACUGUAUAGAGAUUCUGUGACAGCUCGUACUAGGUCAACUCUCUUUCCCUUCUCUGUUAUCAAUCAUAUACAGGAAAACAGAAUGUAUUUACAUGUAGCAAUCUGAUAAGUGAUAUGCAGCAUGCCUGGAGGGAAGGGGGGGUGGGGGAUUACAUUUGAAUACUAAGAAUAUCCAGCAUAUUGCAGUGACCAAAAUACAGAGGGCCACUUAGCCCCCCCCCCAAAAAAAAAAAAGAAAAAAAAAAAAAAAGAAGGUUUAUACUAGUUUGAUGCAAAUAGAGUCAGAGUUCCCUCAGCACUUUUUCCUUUCUUUGCAAGGGUCUUCUCUGUCCUAUGCCCAAUAGAAAAUCAAGAUUCAUCAGCAUUAUAAUAGUGUUCCUAUCAGGAAUCAUUCGAUUUACAUCCUCAUACAAUUCAGACCCUGCUACUACUUGAGGAAGUCCCCAAGGAUUCAUAUUGCCCCCAGUUACCCUAAAUAAAACUGGAUGUACCACUGUGCCUGUUGUACGCAUAUCCAUUGGUCAAGAACAAGCAACAAGUAAUCUUGUAGAAGUCAUUGUCACGAAAUUCGAUUUACAUGCAGCAUAAUAUAUUUUCUUAAUUAGUUUCCAAGAAACAUGUGAAUGUAUGAGGUGCAAAUAAAGCUAAAGGAAUGCAAAGAAAGUAAGAAACCGACCAUUACACAGGUGAAAGCAAAAACAUAUUUGCUGAUUUGGUUUGAUUUCUCGAUCUUUGUUUCUUGCAAUCUCAAAAGUUGAUGGGAAGAUUUUGUUUUGUUUUAUUAUCAGUAACGAGUGUAAAAUCGGGGAGUUGUCUUGAUAGGCCAGUGGCUUUUCGCUAUUCCCUCACACCCCAUUCAUUACUUACGUAUGUUUCAUUGUUUUUUUUUUUUUUUUUUUUUACAAUUGUCAUUGUUGUUUGACUUUAUUGAAAUCUCAAUGUAUUGUAUCCUGUUUAUAAGAGAUGUGAAAUGAAUAAAAUAAAUUUGAAUAUUCCCAAUCUCACUGAGAAUAUGGGCCUUAUAAUAUAAGCACCAAAGAGUGCUAAUUGGGUUAGGCCUACAUGUACUUGUUUGCAUAAUUAUACUGCACAUGCUUGUAACUUUGAAAACCAAUAUGGUGUAAGUGGGUUUUUUGUUACUUAUUCAGUUGCAUGUGAAUGAGGAAAAUAAUUAUCAGGUAUUUUGAUUCCUAAACAAUUUCUCAUAAAAUGUAUAGGUAUUUUGGUGAUUGAGUUAAUCUGAAUACACCUUUUGUGACUGAGGGUUAUGUGUACUGGUGGUGUCUACACAACUACUUUUAUAUAUCAUAUAAAACUCAUUGCCUGCUAUGAUUCAAGGCAAUCUAUACUUGACUGUCAUUUUAAAUUUAUUUUGUGUACUUUUUUAAAAUCCAAACUGGAAAUAAAUGACAAAUCAGGAGAAGUUCA